AUGGACCAAAGUGGGAGAAGAAUCACUUUGGCCAAUGAGCUCAAAUCUCAUGCUGCAGAAUACUUUCAAGAGAUAACUGGUCAAACGGCUAUGCCACAAUCUCCUUUCCUUGCUGAUUUGCUCCCUUUCAAGUGUUCUGAUCUUCACAAGUUGGACCUACAGAAACCUGUUACUGAAGAUGAGAUCAUGGCCACUGCUGCAGAUCUUGAUAAGAUUGAUAUCCACCCAAAGUGUUCUUCUCCUCGAAUCACUCACUUGUUAUUCGCUGAUGAUCUAUUGGUGGAUCCAUAA